UGGGAAGAGGAGCGUCUUUGUCAUCCAACCGCCACCGCCGCCUUCUCCGCUGGGGGCGGGACCAGCCGGACUCCGAUUCUUCUUUCGCAGGGGCUGCAUUUUCCCAUCGGAGAGCGGGACUUGGUAGUACCCCCAAUUAGGACAGCCUUUGCCAGAAGAGGGAAAGAAAGAGCACAGAAAGCAAAGAUGGAACACUCACCUUGCCCAGAAGCAGAAAGAGGUCCAUAUAUCAUCCAUGCUGGGAGCCCUGGGGAAUUCUGGGAAAGAACAGUGCAGAAUGUCCUGGGCAAGGAGGACACCCUUAGCUCAGAUGUGAAGCGCCAGCAUUUCAGGCAGUUCUGCUACCAGGAGUCCAAAGGGCCCAGAGAUGUUUGCAGGCAACUCCACAGUCUUUGCUGUCAGUGGCUGAAGCCGGAGCAACACACAAAGAAUGAGAUCUUGGACCUGGUGAUCCUGGAGCAGUUCUUGGCUGUCCUUCCACCAGAGAUGGAGAACUGGGUGAGGGAAUGUGGAGCGGAGACCACUUCCCAGGCGGUGGCCCUGGCCGAAGGUUUCCUCCUGAGCUGGGCAGAGGACAAGAAGCAGGCAGAACAGCAGAUCAUGGGUCUGUUUGCAGAAGAGGCCACUGAUUUCCUGGAGUCACAGAAGGCGCCAUCAGGGGCCAGAGAAUGUUCUCUGCAAAGGGGGAACGUUCAGGAGAGUGACAGAUGUGCUAGUUCACUUGGUGACGGGACUCUGCUGUCAAGGCCUCCUCGGUCACCUCUUCUUUGUGGUGGAGAAGAAGCAGCUGCUGUGGAAGCGGAUCAGGGUCCCGUGUCCUUUGAGGAGGUGGCUGUGUGUUUCACGGAGGAGGAGUGGGCUCUGCUGGAUCCUGACCAGAGGGCUCUGCACAGGGAAGUCAUGGAGGAGAAUGGUCGGAUUGUGGCCUCUUUCGGUUGUGAAAGCAAAACUGAGAAUCGGGAAGAACUACAUGGGGAGUUUCCAGCAAGAGACACAUGUAUAAAGGGGGAGCAGCAGAGAAUGAAAACUGAAACUAAAUCCACAUCUUCUCAAGGCACUGUCUACCGUCAAAUUGCAAUCCAAGAAAGAAUGGAAAAUAGAACAGAAGAAAGUACGUGCCGUUUGUGUUGGUUAGGUUUCCAUCCUAAAUCAACACUUAAAACUCAAUGGAAAAAGCAAACCGGGGAGAAACCAUUUGAAUGCUUGGAAUGUGUAAAGAGAUUUCAUCAACAAAUAAAUCUCACUGUUCAUCAAAGAAUUCACACAGGGGAGAAAUCAUAUAAAUGCUUGGAGUGUGGAAAGAGUUUCUGUCGGAAGAGACAUCUCGCUUCUCAUCAAAGACUUCACACAGGGGCGAAGCCACCUACAUGCUUGGAGUGCGGAAAGAGCUUCUCUUGGAAGUCAGAUCUUGCUGUGCAUCAAAUAAUUCACAGAGGGGAGAAACCUUUUAAAUGUUUAGAGUGUGGAAAGAGCUUCAUACAUAAGAGAAGUUUCACUCGGCAUGAAAUAAUUCACACGGGAGAGAAACCACAUAGAUGCUUGGAGUGUGGAAAGAGUUUCUGUCAAAAGACAGAUCUUGCUUCUCAUCAUAGAAUUCACACAGGGGAGAAACCUUUCAAAUGUUUGGAGUGCGGAAAGAGUUUCAUACAUAAGAUAAGUCUCACUCGGCAUCAAAUAAUUCACACGGGAGAGAAACCACAUAGAUGCUUGGAGUGUGGAAAGAGUUUCUGUCAGAAGACACAUCUUGCUUCUCAUCAAAGAAUCCACACAGGGGAGAAAGCUUUUAAAUGUUUGGAGUGCGGAAAGAGCUUCACACAUAAGGUAAGUCUCACUGUGCAUCAAAGUAUUCAUACAGGGGAGAAACCGCAUAGAUGCUUGGAGUGUGGAAAGAGUUUCUGUCACAAGAACAGUCUUGCUUCUCAUCAAAGAAUUCACACAGGGGAGAAACCAUAUAAAUGCUUGGAGUGUGGAAAGAGCUUCUUUCGAAAGAAAGAUCUCACUGCUCAUCAAGGAAUUCACACGGGAAAAAACGCAUAGAUGCUUGGAGUGUGGAAAGAGCUUCACCCAUAAGGUAAUUCUCACUUGGCGUCAAAGAACUCACACGGGAGAAACUGCACAGAUGUUUGGAGUGUGGAAAGAGUUUCUGUCGGAAGUCACAUCUUCUCAUCAAUGAAUUCAUACAGGGGAGAAAACAUUUAAAUGCUUGGGAGUGUGGAAAGAACUUCUCUUGGAAGAUGGUUCUCACUACUCAUAAAAAAAGUAACAUGGGAGAAUGCAUAAAUGCUUGGAGUGAGGAAAGAGCUUCUGUCAGAAGCUGAGUCUUGCUGCUCAUCAAAGAAAUCACAGAAGGGUGAAACUGUAUAAAUACUUGGACAGUGAAUAGAGCUUCUGUAAUGAGAGCCAUCUGAAUGGCCUUCUCAUUUAUGGCUCCCUGUCUGUGGAAUGCUCCCCCCAGUGAUGUCCACCUGGCACCUUGACUGACAUUUUUUUCUGAGCCAUGCAAACACUUACCUUUUCCUCCAGGCCUUUGAUGGUCUGAGCUGAAAAAGUGUUAAUGUAUUUUUUUUAUGUUUGUAAAUGUAAGCCAUUUGGAGGUCUUUUAGGUAACAAGUGACUAAUAAGUUUCAUUCUCAUCAAAGAAUUUCCACAGGAGGAAAAACUAUAUAAGCGGUUGGAAUGAGGAAUAUGAAUCUGACAUAGUUUAAUUCCUAUUCCAGGUUGGAGCUAAGAUAUUGAAGGAUGUGACCUGAAGGGAAAACAUUUCUGCCCUCAAGAAUUACUUUUUAAGAUAUUUUAAAGGCUUUUUUAAAAGGUGUUUUUAAAGAUUCUUUGUUUUAAUAUGUUUUAAAUCUUUUAUGUUAUUUUAGAGUGUUUUUAGUGUUGGUGUUUGUUGCCCUGGGCUCCUACGGGGAGGAAUGGCCAGUCUAAAUUUAGUAAAUGAAUAAAUAAAUAACCUCCUUCAGCAAAGCUGACACUGAAGAUUUUGCAGACCGAGACGGAGGAGGAAAUGUAGCUUCCCUCCUUGGUGCAGAGUAUCCAAGGCUCAAAAAAACAUUUUGACACCUCCCCAAUUCAGAAAAUCCCACAAGUAAGUAAAGUUUAUUUCCAGGGCCAAAGGCCAACGGAAUACAGAAUCUAUACAGACCAAUGUACAAGAUUAAAAUAGAAUCUAAUAAAAAACAUUCUAAAUAAAUUACUGCUAAACACAAAACAUAAGGUCACAUUGAUAAAACUUUGACUAUGGAUUUGCUCCAUUGUUAUCAGAGUCAAGGAAUCAGGGAACUUUUAAAAUUGGCCCUUAGAUUUCGGGCAGCUAUGGUGAACAACGAAACAUUGUAUGUGAUCUCAGGAUUAGAAUCAGACAUUAAAAUUUUUAUUUGUUCCUCAAUUGAGAUCGACCUGUCAUAAUACAACCAAUUCCUAAGAAAUCUAGUUCGAGGAUUAUGAUAUAUUGGACAAAAGAAUAAUAUAUGGGGAAGAUCUUCAUCAGAAGAACCGCAGAUACAAAGCCUUUGGGCAUUAGGGGUAUCGGAAAGCCAACCUUCUCUAACUGCAUUAGGCAGCGAGAAGAAACGCAAGGCAGUAAAGGCUUGUCUUAAAGCUAUGGGGAGAGAGGAUAAAAGGUAAAGUGAACAUUCAGAGUCAAGCUUAAAACUCCAGAACCAUGGAGCAGCCUUGGAGUUGAUGAGCGAUAAUCUAUCGACUUUGUGGGAGUGAUGGAAGAUGACUUUUUGAAGGCAGAUGGGGUUUGAGAUCGAAUUAAAUUCCCAAGGAGAAAUAUGAUAAUUACAGAUCAAAUUCCCUAGAUUGUUAUUCCACAGUUUGGAAGCCAAAGGUUGAAUAGUGCACAAGUGCCUGUUCUCCCUCCUGGGCAGGAAAAUAAUAAUUUCAGUGGCUGCCUUUUCCUGACACCCAAGGUCCGCUGUCUGCCCAAUGGUAGGGCUGGCUCCUUCCCUGCCCAUCAGGCCUCUUCCCCAACCGCUCCCUGGCACAGGGCUGGGAAGCCUUAUUGGCUCCAGGGGAAAGGUCUUUGUCUGGCCCCACCCUGCAGGCCAACCUUGACAGGUGGCAGGGCAACCCACAUGUCAAUCAUAUGAUGCCCCACCCAUCAACCCCUUGCACUUGCAAAACGUGCCUCGUGCCAAUCCUUUAAAACUCACAAAAGGAUCACUACAGGGUGGGGUUUGCAAGUGUCCCUGCGGCCCACCCCUUUCAAGCUGAGGUUGCAGAGCCUGGAAAUAGGCUGCAGAGAGGAUUGGAAGUCUUUGUAAUCUUUGAUUCUGAGAUUGAAAGGAUCAGUGCCAAGCCUCCCUGCGGACCUCCUUCCAGAUUCUGAAGUUGAGCUGACCGCUUCAACCUCCAAACAGGAUCACAGCGAGGCCAGGUCUAAAAAAAAGCAAAAAUGGGUCUGCUAGCUUUCACCACAUGCGCCUGUUCCCUGGAAGAAAGCAGGCAGGCAGGUGUGUGUGUGUACGGGACAAAAAUGUGAGGUUUCAGGGAGAUCUUUUAAAAAAUGCUUAAUACCCUCCUUGGGAGGAUUGUGCCCCUGUAGCCUUAGUGGAUGAGCCACCACAACACUUGACAACCAAGGUGAGGAAAAACAUUUCUAACCUGUCCUUCCUUCCCACAGAGCCCAGCGUUCCCUUAGAGACAGCUCUCCUUUGCAGAUAUUUAUCUCCGUAAAACCACAACUUCUGCAACAGCAGCGUACAAAAGAGUUCUUCUGCCAGAAAAAAAAAUCCAGCCUCAGCCUUCUGAGAACAAAGAUUAACAGAAAAAGUCAACCAGAUGAUGAAUUAAGCAGAAUCUGAAACAAAAUAUGUGUCCCCCCUCCCAACAAAGAAACCCCCCACUUGUUUUCAUCCCGUAACAGUUAAUGCAUUCUCAGGCAGAGGUGUGGAAAACAACCUAAAACUCUGAUGUGGACUGGAAGGGGAUCCCCAUUUUAUUUAUUUAUUUAUUUGUUUUAUUUAAAAUAUUUCUAUCCCACCCUUCCACCCUAUAAUAGGGCACUCAGGGCGGCUUACAAAAAUAAAAUCAAACAUGUACAUAAUAACAUUGUAAACAGUAAAAUCACAAUAACAUUAAAAUAAAAUACAAAAUGCAAUAUAUAUAUAUCCGCACACACGACACACACACAUAUAUAUACAUAUAUAUAGGGAUUGGUACUGAAGGGACUACAAAGGUAAAAUUUAACGUAGAAGGCAUAAAAUCAGUGUCAGGCCCUACCUUCAGUCCCUCCCAAAGGCUCUCUGGACAAGAUCGUUUUCAGAAGUCUCCGGAAAACCAACAGGGAGGGAGCAGAGUGGACUUCUUGGGGUAGGGUAUUCCAAAGCUUGGGGGCCACAGCUGAAAAAGCUCUCUCCCACGUGCCUGUUAAUUUAACAUAUUUCACUCCAGGCACGCAGAGGAGACCAGAGGCAGAUGAUCUUAAAUCCCGGGCAGGUACAUAUGGGUGUAAGCGGUCCCUCAGGUACAUUGGUGCAAGGCCGUUUAGGGCUUUAAAGGUGAGAACCAGCACUUUGAAUUGGGCCCGGAAACAAAUGGGGAGCCAGUGGGUGUUACGCUCCCUGCGCCGUGCUCCAGUUAACAUUCUAGCCACAGCUUUGCAGCCCAAAGGAGUAAGGGUCCCUGCCCCCCAAAGUACCCACUACAGAAGUCAACGUGUGUUACUGCAAGCUCUAUUGUGUGUUUUCCAUCCAAGGAACUACCAUUUGUUGACAAAUGUUUUUCAUAGAGGAGUUGGAAGGGACCUGUAAGACCACUGAGUUCAACCCCCUGCUCAAGGCAGGAAUCCAGCUUAAAAGUGUACCUGAUGGGAGCUGUCCAGCUGCCUUGAACGCCUCCAGUAUUUAUGUUUAUGUACUCAUCUGUGCAACCUCCCUAAGAGGAUGGGCCGCUCUUUCAGUUUACAGAGGAGACAAACUGAGGCAAUUCAGGCACAACGAGCCCCAAAGUAUAGACCUUUAGCUACAGAGCAGUGGUUCCCAUACUUUUUCUCCCCACGGGCCCCUUAAAAAUUGCUGAUGGUCUUGGAGGGCCACUUAAUGAUUGACCCGCCUGCACUGUGCCAUAUUGCUGUGUGAUUUUUAAUUGUAUUUUUAUUGCACCCUUUAUUUCUCAUACUGUAUUUUAUUGCAUUGAUACAGUGCCAUGCAAAAGUAAUCAG